AUGUCCGAUCACGAGCACCUCGUCUCUCUCGUGCGCCGCAUGAUCCCACCCCUCUCCCCCAAGCUGCACAAGGGGCAGGCAGGCCGCAUCGGCGUCCUAGGCGGCUCGGGCGACUACUCUGGGGCGCCCUUCUUCGCCGCAAUGGGCGCGAUGCGUUUCGGUGCGGAUUUAGCUCACGUAAUCUGCGAGCCGGCAGCCGGUGCCGUGAUCAAAACGUAUGCACCCGACUUAAUUGUCCACACUUCGCUAGACGGAUCGCUCCCCAACGCGUCCGUGAUUGCGCAAACCGAGCUCGCCAGCCUGAUGGAACGGCUACAUGUUCUCGUCAUCGGACCUGGACUAGGCCGGAGCGCAUUCAUGCAGUCGUGCGCAAGGACCGCGCUCCAACUGGCAAAGGAGAGGGAUAUAGGCUUAGUCGUAGAUGCUGAUGGGCUGUGGUUGCUCAAUUCCGAGCCGGGUCUUAUUCGCGAUUGGCCUGGAGCGAAACGGGUGGUGUUGACGCCGAACAUUAUGGAGUUUAGGCGUCUGUGCGAGGCCACGGGAGUGCACUCGGAUAGUUGCGCCGACCUGGCGCGCGCGCUUGGCGGCGUCACUGUGCUCCAGAAGGGCGGGGUUGAUGCCAUCUCGGACGGAUCGCCCACUUCGCUUGGAGGAGACACGCUGACUGUCUCGGUCCAGGGCGGACUUAAGCGUGUUGGCGGACAAGGCGAUAUCCUCUCGGGCACUACUGCUGCGCUUCUGGCUUGGGGCCGGGAAUGGGCGCGCGGUGCUUAUGCACAUGUCGGACAUGCGCCGGGUGGGGAGGAGGAGGAUAAGGUGGUGUCAGAGCACGUCGCCCUUCUGGCCGCGUACGGGGCUAGUGCGUUCAACCGUACUGUCUCUCGCACGGGAUGGGAGAGGAAGAAACGGUCGAUGGUAACGCACGAUCUCCUCGACAUUGUGGGCGAAGUGUACGAGGACAUGUUUGGACAGUACCAGGAGGCAGAGGGCAAGGGCAAGUUGUAG